UGAUUAAGUUGUGUUUCGAAAGUAGUCACUCGGUAAAUAGGGUGUGAAUCGUUAUUUCAAUGAAAUUUCUGUCACCUAUCGUCAUAAUGAGAAGCUCAUCAUUGACAUUUACCAGCCAGUUUACUUAACAUUUUGCUAUAUACAUACUAAAGUAAAUGUGAUGUUUGUAUAAUGGAUGAAGAAAGCCUAAAAUGUUUAACAGAACGUUUAAAAAAAAGUUGCUAUAAAUAAAAAUGGAAUACCAACUAGGAUACAUAAAUGGAAGUUAGAAUAUCAGAAGAAAGAAGCAACAUCUUUUUGACAUGAAGAUAUGUAAAACCUGAUUCAUCAAUCAUAAGAUGGCAGGUUAUAUAGCACUAAAUACGCCACAAGUAGACGUAUCUCUAGAUCUUGAACCUAUCGUGGUAGAAAUAGCAACUAGAACAAAACCACAAGCGAUUAAACCUGAUUUAGAGGACAACCAAAAAAGAUGGCUAGUUGUUGGAAUAUGUCUUCAUAAUGUAGUUUCACCAGCACUUAGAAAAUAUGUCGCGUCGUCAAUGACAAGACUGUUUAACACAUUAAAACGAUCUCAUAAAAUCGAUGUGCAAAUGUACCCAAAUAUCCUACAAAAAUAUCCGGUAGCAAGAUUACUAAAUUACGAAGCGGUUAAUAAUAACAGAAGCAUUCCAUUUCGGGGAAAGAAGGAUUACCCGAACUUUGAUUAUAAAAUUCAAAAUGCAGUCGACUUGUCAAAAUUAUUCCUUAAUACGCAAAUGGCGCAAUAUGCAGGUUUUGAUGAAACAUGCGACUCUUCAGCACUUCUGAAUAUUAUCAUGUAUUCUGAUGUAACAUCUAUUGUUGGCCACCUUGCAAACAAACUUCGUUCAAAUGUAAGGAAUCCUUGGGCUCAUUGCAAUUUUGAUGAAUGGUGCUCUGUAAAAUACUUGUCCUCUCUACAGUUGAUGCAACAGCUAAUACGAAACUUGAAAUUGUCAUCAGAAGCCACAAUACUAGCAGACUUGUCACGUUGGGAAGUAAACGGACUCCAUUUUCUACAAGGAACGACUUUAGGAUUGGAAAUAGUAGAAGAAAUAAGUCAUGAAGUCAGCAGCCUAGCAAAAUAUGUCCUAAAGAUAAAUUCGGGCACAACUUCUGCGUUUAGUGUGGUCCAUAACGCGUUAGUAAUGAUCUCAAAUGAAAUAAAAGAAGCAUGCAAACGAGUAGACCAAAGUGAUCAUACAUUAGAAAUCAUCAAAGACGACGUCGAAACAUUGAAGGUACAAGCAAAACAAACUAUAAGGAUUCAUGGUGAACUAUCCAGCUUAAUUCAAACGGAAAUUUCAGCCGUUAAAAAUGACAUCAAAGAGAUACAAAAAGAUAUUGAGGAUAUAAAAACAUAUACUUUCCAUCAUAGGCCACCAGGAAAAGUAUUCUUUUAUCCUCCAGAUAGAGUACCUGUUUUCGUGGGUAGAGUUGACCAAUUAUUUUUAUUGAAAAACAAAUUUAUAGGCAGUAAGGUUGUUCAGUACACAUACGUUUUAUGUGGUUUGGGGGGCUGUGGUAAAACGUCUUUGUCAACUGAAUUUGCGUGGGCAUUUCAUCAUUGUUAUCCAGGUGGUGUGUUUUGGAUUUCUGCCGAAUCCAUCGAAUCCUUGGAAGAUACAAUUACGACACUUGCCGUCGAUUUAAACUUGAUUGGAGGAAAUAGCAAAGAAACAUUAAAAAAAACUCUGAGUUGGUUAUCAAGAUUAACGAAAAAAUGGCUUCUGAUCAUUGAUAACGCAGACACACCAAUAAUUUCAGGUCAGAUAAAGGAAUUGCUGCUAGGUAGUUGGAAGCGAAACACCAAUGGUCACAUAAUAGUAACAACAAGAAGAGAACCGAGUGAAGCUGCAGAAUCCUUUCGUUUAAAAAUAGACAAUUGCAUUCAUCUACAAACAUUAAGUAAUGAAGAAGGGGGACAGUUUCUUAUUAAGCGAACGGAACGUUAUGUUCAACACCAAAAAGAAAAAGACAGCAUCUUAAGAUUAGCAGACGACUUAGGUGGUCUUCCCUUAGCUUUGGAACAAGCUGCAGCUCACAUCAAGGUUCUUAAAUGUUCAUUUGCAGACUAUUUAGCUCGAUUCGAGAAAAAGCGUUUGAACUUGUUGACAAAGACUGCAACAACAUCAUUUGAGACCAAUACGGAUAGGCUUACCGUGCUUACUACAUGGCUAUUAAACAUGGAUUAUAUAAGAGAACAGUCAAAAGAAGAGGGUCUCGGGAUAUCUGCUGUAAUUAUUAUGAAUGUGGCGUCUUUCCUUUUUGCCGAUGAUAUACCAAUAGAACUUUUCAACAAUGGGGAACCCAAUAUAGAGGUGUUGGAUACACAUGAAACUCUAUCAGAUCCAGUUGGUGUUAAACAAGUUGUUGAAAUUUUAACUAGAUUUUCAUUGUUCCAAAGAUGUCGGACAAACAGUUUGUCAGUUCAUAGAUUAGUUCAAGAAAUAAUAAGAAACAACAUUUGCAUUGAUAAAAGGCAGCGAGUUAUUCAAAGCGCUAUUCGAAUGGUGAACAAAGCACUUUUAAACACAUGUACACCUAUAAUUGCUAUAAAUGAAAACAAAGAAAACAAGCAUGUGGUAAGAGGAAAGCUCUAUUUGUGGAAUAAAAUAGCAGCCAAUGCAAAUGCGCUGAAAAGCUAUCUAUGCGCCAGUAAGGAAAUCGAAAUAAAUCCUGAUGUGUAUGCUGGCUUGGACACGAUACGAAUAAUGCAAACAGCAGCAAUAUUCAAUAGUCUUCAUCAAAGACAAGAUGUUGCUUUAGAUGACCAAAAUCAGAUGUUGAACAUCAUGGCGUCCUUAGAACUAGAUGAAAAUACAUACAGAGCAAUUACAGCUAUAAAAAUACCACUGCUAGAAUGGGAUCUAUUAUGUAUUCAAAACAGCAUUGCAACUGUAUUGCAAGGAGAUGAAAAUCAAAACCAAAAUACACCAGUAGUUCCCCUUUCGACUGAUAGGUUACGAUUGAUGGGAAAUAAUGCUUUCAAAAAAAGGAGGUAUGAAGACGCGUUACAAUAUUAUUCGGAAGCAUUGCGGGCUUGUCCAAAGGACAAAUAUGACAACAGAAUACUUUUAAAUAGGAGUUUGGUCUUUCUGAAACUAAAUGACUAUUCUAAAGCUCUUCAAGAUGCAAACUCGUGUAUCGAAAUAGAUCCAUAUAACUGGAAAGGUCAUAUGUGGAAGUCAUAUGCAAUCGCCGAACUUAUAAAUGCAAGAGAAUUGCUGGAAGAAAUGGAAGGUUCUGGUUUAGGAAGUGCUUGCAUUGCAGCAAAAUUAAAUGAAGAAUGCCUUCUAAGAUAUAAAAUGAAAAUACAUUACCCCAUAAUAAGUUACAAAAUGGUGGACAAUCAGUUGCCUUUAUCUAAAUACAUAAUGUGUAUAGCAGACAGACCAGGUACAACGUAUAUGUUAAAGAAAGGACAUUACAUAUUUGACGAACUAGUUGCAACAACUAAAAGUUGUCAAAUCAUAGGAGUUGAGGUUGGAGUAGAAGUUGAUAUAGGUCCUGGAAUUUGCAUUUGUAAGCUUCCAGAUUCAGCUUUUGCAAUCGAGUUUGAACAUGAACCAGAGAUCACUUUACAUUUUGAGAACAUUGCUUUCAUUGCUAAACAUGGCCAAUUAGACAUCAAGGAAAACUGUGUUGCUACAUUUUAUAGAUGUAAUUUUAAAAACAAAAUUCCCAUUGACGAAAAUCGAUAUAAGAACAUGCAAAAUACUGACUAUUUUUAUUCAAUGUUUUUAAACCGCUUCGGUAAUGUUAACAAAAGUACUCCUUCUUUUAUCGCCUCGACAUAUGGAGGUAGAGUUAUUUUGAACUCGUGUGACAUAAGCAAUUCGAGUGGUUGUGGUGUUGUCAUCUGUGGUGAAAAGUCCUUUCUUAAUAUUAAUAACUGCAAUGUACACAAUUCAUCUUUAACAGGAAUUGUUAUUGUGCAAGGGGGAUCCAUGAAAGCCAUCAACAAUAGGAUAGCUGAUAAUAAAUUGCAUGGAAUAGUCAUUGGUCCCAAGGCGGAAGCUUAUUUGCAACAUAACAGUAUCAUACAAAAUAAAGCCGAAGGUUUAUGGUGUCGUGGAGUAAGCUAUGAAAAAGGAAAGAGUUCAUAUGAAUGCGAUAAUGGCUCAAUCGUUACAGCAAUUGACAACAACAUUUCCCAAAAUGGAUUAUCAGGCAUUUUCCUUGAUGGUGGGUGCUUCAGUUUAAAAGAUAACACGGUUGCCAACAAUUGGACUUGGGGUAUGUAUUUUCAAAACAAUUCAUCUGCAACGGUUGAAAACAAUGAAAUAUCUAACAAUAGGUGUGGGGGGAUAAGGAUAGGAGUAAACUAUUCUGCUUCAAUAAUUAUUGAUGGUAAUACUAUACAAGACCAUAGUGGACCGGAUAUUUUAGCGAUCAAAAUAGAUCAAAACUACAAAGACUAUAAAAACCAUAUUUUGUCUAAAACUCAUACUAUUAAUUUUUCAAUGAAUAAAAUGGAAGCUUCAGAUAUGGGAGAAGUGAAUGAAUAUUCAACACCUCCAAUCAUUACGGACAGAAACUACAGAAGGAACAAUAAUAAAUCAGUCCAAACUCCAAGAGAUACAGUGAAACCAUUAACUUGUUGUUAUUGUAGGAAACUGUCAAAAAUUCUGAAAGCUUGCACGAAAUGUAGAAUCGCAAAAUACUGUUCAAAAGAAUGUCAGAAGGGACAUUGGAUACAACAUAAACAUAUGUGUCCGCUUUUCAGUAAAUCAUAUACAAUUGAACUUCCGAUGAAGGAAGCUAAAAGCAAUAAAUUUGAAAUAACCGAAAGUGGUAUUGUAUUUUGCGAACGCAUGUUUCAUGCUUCUCUGAAAGGAAUAGGCGAAGGACCAGUACUUGAUUUUCAGUCCACAAAGCGUUUCAUUGUGAAAAUUCAGUCUGAUAUACUUUAUGGACCAUACAAUCCACAAAACUCUUUGACUCUAUAUGAUCAAAGCGUUGCUCUUGAUGUCAGCAUAAGAAACCCAGAACUUUACCAUUUGUGCAGUGAGUGCGGAAGGCUCGGUGGCAAUAAGUUUACAUCUAAAAAAAUAUUUUGUUGGGCUUCGUUAAAAAACAAUGGAGAAAUACUCUGCAUCCAUAUCGAUGACUUCCCUCCUUUUCAAAAAUGGUUUUGACAACUUGUAUACCAACUCUUAUACAAAAAUAAGGAUAUAAUGAAUAAUUGCCAACAAGACAACUAGCCACCUGAAACAAAAGAACGAGGGCGAAAGCGGAGGUGUAUAGACAAUAAACAAAACAAAAACCAAUAUUGAAGACAUUGAAGAAAACAACGACAACAACUGAAUUACAGGUACCUUAUUAAAUAUAAAAUUUCAAGGAAGCAGAAUUUGUGCAUCUGCACCUUUUUAGUCACAAAAGUAUAACAAAAAUACUGAACUUCAAGGUUAAUUCAAAAGGGAAAGUCCCUAAAAACUGAAAAAUCAAGCGUUAUCAACCAACGUUACGAGUAGAAAACAACUGACAUAUUCCUGACUUGGUACAGACAUUUUCCGAAGAAAAUGGUGGGUUAAACCUGGUUUUAUAACUAGAUAAGCCUUCCACUUGUAUGACAGUUGUUUAUAGUUCCGUUGUAUAUACAAAAUUGGGCGAGCAACCCAAACAUAUAUAAUAGGUUAAUGUGACUAUAAUUUGGAUCCAGCAUCCAAACCUGUGUAAAUAAAUAUACAACACAACUGACUAAAAAAUUCAAACAAACAUACAAAAAUAAAUAAAAAAAAGUUGUAGUUGGUAGUAUUUUGACAUGGACGUCAACAAAACAUUUUUGUAGUCAAAGUGAUUAUGAAUUAAGACGUCUUGGAAGGUUAUUUUAAAUUUUAUCAUGACUCCUUCCUUUGAAUGCGGGAUAUAUAAAAAUCAAAAUCGAAAAUAGCCUUUUCAUUAUCCUGGAAUAAGAUCUUUUGGUCUUUAUUAGAUAGUUUAAUAUGAGUCAGAAAUGUGAAAGCCUGUAUGUAUCUGUUCUACUUGCAAUUUGUUUUUUUUUAUCUCAUAUGUCGUCGAUAUCUAAUAAAAGCCAUCUGUGCCUUUACCAUCCCUUUUCGUCCGCCGUCCGGUGUAAACUCUUCUCUGAGACCACUAAACCAAAUUCAACCAAACUUAUGCGGAAUGGUACAUAUAGUAUCUAGUAUAAAGUUUUUUCUUUAUUUAUUCCAGUCUGUCAACAAACAUGGCCGUCAUGGAUAAACAUUAUAGCAUAGGGGUGAAAUGCAGUUUUGGCUUAUAUCUCAAAUUCUAAAGUGGCUAGAGCAACACUAACCAGGGUAAAAAUGAAUAGGUAAAGACCGAUAUUCCAGGAAAACAGACGAAUCGGACAACCUCAUUUAGAGUAAUUGCCCAUGAAAUAAUAAUUUUUAUAAAAUUCCUCAAUUUUUGGUUAUCAUCUUGAGACCUAUUAUAGAUAUAGAAAAAUUUUAAACACCCAACAAAUUUUCAGCGAAGUAAGAUCUACCAAUAAGUCUAAGAACCGAUUACAAAUAAGUCAACAUGACCAAAAUCUUCAACUGACCUCUAAUGGGAAAUGAUUUCAAUCUUAAUUAUAACAUUUUUUUUAAAAAAACUUUGCAGAAACUUUGAUAAAGAAACUUUAAAUUGCAAACAUGUUCAUUAAAGUAAGACUACAAAUAAGUAAAACAUGACGAAAAUCGUCAGUAAAUUCAUAUAGGAGUUAUUGAUCUUGAAAGACUAUUUUUACUAAAACAAAUGUGUUUUUGCAUAAAUAAAAUAUUCAGAAAAGGAAGACUUACAAAAAAGUCAAACAUGACCGAAAUCGUCAUUUAAACCCGUCCAUGAGUUAUUACCAUUGAAAUACAACUUUCUUAAUUUUUUUAUUUCUUUGUAGGAACAAUGACAGAUAGAAAGAAACUUCAAACAGCAAAAAUGUUCUGCAAAGUAAAUCCUAGAAAUAAAUCAACCGAAACCGUCAAUUACACCCUUAACCGAGUUGUUAUCCUUGAAAGACAAUAAUUUUUUUCGUUUUUUUAGUUCUUUGUAUGAACUAUAAUAGAUAGAAAUAAACUUUAAACAGCAAAACAGUUCAGCAAAGUAAGACCUACAAAUAAAUGAAAUGACCGAAAUGUUAGUUGUUCCAUUUUAGGAACUAAAGUCCUUGACAGUCUAUUUUUACCAUUGUGUUUUAAUUUUUUGUAGAAUCUGUGAUAGAUAGAGAGAAACUUUGAAUAACAAAAAUGUAAAAAUUAAAGACAUACAAAUAAGUCAACGGGACCAAAAUUGUCAAUUGAUCCCUUAUAGGAGUUAUUGCCCUUGAAAGAUGAUUUUUUUUCUAGUUUUUUUUGCAGUAACUAUGUUAGAUGGAGAAAAUCUUUAAAAGACAAAAUCUUCAGUAGAAUAAAACCUACAAAUAAGUAAAAUAAACAAAAAUUGUCGAAUAAACCCGUAUGUUAAAGAGUUAUUGCCAUGAUAAGAUAUUUUUUUGGAGUUUUUUGCAAAAACUAUGAUAGAUAGAGAGAAACUUUAAAGGCAUGUUUGAACACGCAUUAAUAUACACUAAACAGCAAAAUAAAUAUUGAUGCAAGA